ACGAAGCAAGUGGAUAGUAUUUUCAAAAAUGUCUCUAUUUAAAGUUUGCAACUGGUGGAAGACGCAGUGCCCUGAUGUAGAGCCAAACUAUGAUUCAUUUUCAAUUCACUGCUGCCGGUUGCGCAUCCAGGAUGGUGAAAAGGACAAUAUUAUUAUCGGUUCGCAUUCGGGUCAUCUGUCAAUAUACCAGCCAUCGUACAAAACUUUAGCAGAAGGAGAAUUGGACGAUGACCGACAAUUCGAGAACAUUUUUCAACACUCGGAUGUGAUACUAGAAACCAAACUGGCACUUCCGGUCAUUGGGAUAAGGGACGGCAAGUUCACAACUGCCACCAAAGCAGAUACCAAAUUGCAGUUAGCAAUUUUACAUCCAAUGAAAAUUUGCAUUUAUCAAAUUAUAACUGUUGGUGGCAUUGCUGAUCACGGGGACCACACGAAACUUCAGCUCCUUUAUGAGCACAACCUGAGCCAUCCAGCGUUUUCUUUCUGUCGUGGAAACUUUGGCGGAAUUAAGGGACGCGAUUUCAUGUGCAUACAGCAUACGAACGGAUCUCUCAGGUUUUUCGAACAAGAUGGAAUCACUUUCGAGUGUAAUCUGCCAGGAGAACGUCAUAUUCCAUCACCCAUUCACUACGUAGCUCGAAUUGAUUGCUUCGUUACAGUUUCUCCUAGUUGGGAACUUGAAUGCUACCGAUAUCAAGACCUUUCGGAACCAAACGAAACCUUAAGGAAACAUGAGCCCAUUUGGUCAAUGUGUGUUGGAGAGUAUGCGCUUGAUUUAAACGUACAUCAGAUAUCCAAUUUGGAGUCGGUGGUCAUUAUCAUGGGUGAAAAUAACCUUGUAUGUGUAACAGAUACGGGAAAAGUCCGCUUCAUCAAGAAACUUGAUUAUUCGCCUAUUUGUUUUCACUCGUUUGUUAUCGGAUGGUACUGGGAGCCUGACGCCCGCCUCAUGAUAGCAGUUGUUUCCGAAAGUGGAUCGCUAUUAUUAUAUGAAGAAAACCAAAUAGUAUGGUCGGCCGAGUUACCGGAUAUCCCAGUAGCGUUAAGCCGAGCUAACGUUUCAAGUUUACCAGGAGCACUGGUAGCUCUUGGCAGUACCGGUCAACUUAACGUGGGAUACCUCGGAUCGGAACCUCAUCUAUUCAAAGUACCUCCUCUGAAUUUGGCCCCAUUCGAUGUGACUAAAUGUCAGAAAGAAAUGAUGGAACUAGAAAAGGAAAUACGAUCCGGUGUAGACUUUAGUGAUAUCACUGUAAUUAAUGCGGCUACCGAGCGUGAACUUACCAUGCAUGCCAUUAUCGACUCAAAGCUAGAAAAAUGUACCCAACAAACUCACAUUCCGCAUAGUGAGAAUCCUAUCUAUAUGUGCCAGCUCAUAGUCACCGCAAAGCCACACAUCAACGUUGAGCUAAUGCAAAUAUGCAUCACUACCGAUUCGGCACUGAAGUGCAGCAAGAAAACGUUCAUGUUCCGAGAUGUCCAAACGGAGACCAUUCAAACACUGGAUACGUUGAUCUAUCCAUACGAGCCAGCUGUUCCAGUUUGCACAAGCGCCCAAGUUUCAUGUUCCUAUACCAAUAAACAGGGUAUUACUAGGAUUCUGCAAAAAUCGAUAAGGUUACCUUUGGAAAUGUUUGUCAGAACUACACCAGCUUCGAAGGAAGCACUCCACAAAAUUACACUGGCGCUGCAUGGCAGAAAUGAAAAUCUUGGCAACCUGUUCCCUGAGUUUAUCAGCGAAGGAAGUCCACACGUACUUGGAUUGUUGUCUCUCGUGACCGGAAGCAAAGUUACGAUUGUUGCUGCAAAAAACACGAACCGUUUCAGGGUACAAUCGGAGGAUUUGCUAGCAAUUCCGUUGAUUAUUUCUGAAUUAGUAGAAAGGAUAAGUUUACGAAAUGGAGCCAAUAAUCCGGAUGAUAAAAAUCGUGUUUUAAUAUCAUCAAAUCCACCAAUGGAGGGACUUUUGGAAGAAAUCGAUCGGCAUUACCAGCUAAGACAAAAGUACAAAGAACUGGAGAAAGACUUGGAAAUUCGUACAGAUCAGAUGCGAUUAUUCGAACGUCGAUUUGUAGUCAAACUCCAGGAAAGGUCCCUACGCGCGCUCGAUGGUAUUCUGAUGCUACUCAAACAAAACCAUGCCGAUAUUUCGAAAACCUGCAGUGCACUCAAAAUUACCCAAAGCAUACGAUUUUCUCAGAUUCAUCUAUCAGCACUAUUGCGGUUAAUCGAAACAGGGUUCGUUUAUUCCGAUAUAUCAUCUAAAUAUUUAGACACGAUUAAAAGCAUCUGUGCCGCCCCAGUAUUCGACAGUUCGGAACUCGACUGGGAAGAGAUGAUGCAAACUGUCAUAAAAUUUUUAUCCCACAACGGUCCAUUCCGUUCUGAUACCGGAAUUUCGUCAUUUGACGAAAAGUUUGUUUUCGCAGUCGACGAAAACUUUAAGCUUGGUCAAUUUAAGAAGCAAUUUUCCACUUUGAUUGCACGCAUUGGAGAGAAACGGUCGAAGACUGGUCGGUCUAGUGCAGAUUUUGAGGAAGAACUGGAAGAACAGGCGACUGAAAAUGAGGUUGGAUCUAGUGAAUGGGUGAGUUACGAGAAGGCUAAUGAGUUUCCAUUCUGAUGGCGUUUCGGAUAUUUUGAAUUUAUGUGAAUGGUAGUUUAAUAU